CGGAGCGUACUCAGCAACCACUUCCUGUUUAGAAUUUUUCUAAACAUUGACAAUGUAUCGAAGGGAAAAGCCGAUAACUGUCAAGGGAAGCACCUCCUUUCUCUGCAAUAAUUUGUCUGUUUUGGCCACACUUGAGAAGAAUAAUGUUAGCUAUGCAGUUGUGCACAAAUCUGUCGUGAAUUUGAUCACGGCUUCGAUGGACGGGAGAACUGUGACAGGAAAACAAGUAGUUUGCAAAGAACCGUCUGCUACGCAUGGCAGUCCAUUUAUUUUACAGGCAAAAUGGGUUAUGUUGCCAGUCCGAACUCUCUUUGUCCUAACCACGACACGAGGAAUACAGAUGUUUGAAUCCGAUGGCUCUGCUAUGAUCUACUGGCAUGCCCUCAGUACAGAUAAAGAAGACCAUAGUAACUUUGGACGAGGUAUUGCUGGUGUGGAUGAACAUUUUGUUUGUGUUGGCACGGAGUCGGGAGAGAUCGUUGUACUUCGAGUUCCCACUAAAGGUGCAAACGUCACGUUCGAAGAGGCCCUCAAAGGACACACAUGCCCGAUUAAUGACUUAGCUUCUGAGGGAGACAAUUUAGUGAGUUGUGAUGAUCAGGGAAACAUCAUUGUGUGGAAGUCUAAAGGAGCUCAGAUUCAGAAGAAGAACAAGAUUUCUGGUGCUGGGAGUCCCUGUCAUUCCAUUUCCCUGUGGAAUGGUAUAAUUGUUGGAGGGUAUGCGUCAGGUCAUUUGAGAGUCUUCAAUUUAUUGUCGGGGAAAAUCGGGGCAGAGGUCUCGGCACAUUCUCGCUGCAUCAAUGCUGUCGACAUCUCGAAGAGUAACGGAAUGGUUUUGUCGGUCAGUGAUGAUGCGUGGGUCCGAAUCUGGAUGCUCAAAGAAGGAAAUUUACCUGAGAUUAAAUAUGUAACAGCUGAGAAUGUACCCAAUUUGCAGCUGGUUGGAGGACAGUUUGUUGAUAAGCAGGGGAGAGCAUUCUGUGUGACGGGCUACGACAACAAUGAGAUUAUAUUCUACAUACAAAGCUAGACAUUUCCUUGUAAUCCGUCCAUUACACAACACUGUUCUGCCUCACGUUCAGCUCUCACCGUCCACAAGAUUGACUCUGGGCUGUUCCACAAUUGUUCACAUGGUAGGAGCAGGGAGCAAUUGUUUUGAUAGACCCACCAAUGGCGUAGCCAGCAUGAGGAAAACGAGGUGCUUCCAUCAUCUGGAAUUUCCCCAGAUUUAUUUUAUUUUUCCCCAUGACAUUGAUAUUUAUUUUACAGGUCUGGGCUUGGCUCGGCAUUUUUUCCCCUCUGGCUACGCCCCAGCGCACCGUGUACAUAUAUGUGUGCAUAGAGAAAAUAUUGCAACAAAGCCACCAGACAUAAUAUAAUAAUUACUGCGUCUCCUGCCUCCCACAUGUGAUCAAGUUUGGAACAGAAAAAUACAAAGCUGAAGCAAAUGUAGAUUGCUUCAGCUAAAAUUCACUUUGCCUAAGCACUUUAUUGAAUGCCUGUAUCUCUUCACAUUGUUAUCAUUAACAUUAUUGAGCCAUUAUUCACUCUAAAUAGUUUAACAAUGUCAUAGAUUUUAGAAAUGUUCAUUGUUGCAUUGACAAAACACAAAUGACUGAAAUUAUUUGAUUUUACGUCAGCUUUUACAUUGACAUUGCUGAAUCCUGAUGCGAAAUGGGAUAGCUUCAUAUUGUUGGUUGUCUGUGAAGAUAAUUUUUUUUAUCAUAGACUUGAGAAACCAAGCCAUAUGUUUGAGUUUGAAGCAUAGGCAUUCGGGAUCCCAUUUGUACAGCUGGGCAGACUCAUUUCUGCCAGAAUUAAAUUAAAAUGCCCAAAUCUGGAUAGCAAUGUUUACUCAAGUUUACCUGGUACAUUACAACCAACCAAUUUUACAUGGGUUACAACUAUUAUUAUACUUAAUAUUUUAAUUAGAAUAAUGGAAAUACAUGGUAAAAAGGUUUCAGACCAGCUCAUUUUGGCUGAACGUCUCAAUCAUUUUGGCUGAACGUCUCAAUCAUUUUGGCCUGAAUUCAGAUAAUUGCUUCAGCACUGAAGUAAGGGGUGGGUGGAUGGGUGUGGAGGCAGUUGACCCUGACCCUUGUGUCUUGUUAGCUUAUGGUUUGAAAAAAUACAUGAAUAUUUUAAAUCUUGAGGAUUAUUCUCCAACAUACAUAUAAAGAGAUUUCUUAACUGCAUCGAUAUAAUAGUGAAUUACACUAUAAACUGGGGAAAUAAAUGCUUGCAUAUAAAUUUAACGUUCAUGCCCAGUUUCAAGACGCAAAAUUUAUAUGCUCAAAUUAUUUUAAUUGCACAUACUCAUUGCAGAUGCCAAUGGUUGAAGCAAAAUGUACACAAUGCAAACAUGCACUAAGGUACAUAUUUACAGAGGGAAAACCCACGACACAAUAUUAGUCUGAUUUACAGUACACAAGAAAUGCAGCUGGCUUUGUUAAAAGACAGGUUGAAACAGGUUUCUCUCCUUUUUACCAUACUAUCAACCCUUCUAUCAUUUAGUAAUGUUGUGCGUUAUGUUUCACAGGUGUUACGUUUUGAAAAGUAAUUCUGUUGAAAAUCAAAAGUAUAUUUAUCGUUCAGCAUGCAUUUAUGAGACUCUUUUAAGUAUUGUAGGUGUGACAUAUCAAAUAAUCACCAUUAUAUACUUGCCAUGUGAACAAAAGCUAAAGUACCUGUUCUUGUGCAUCUUGUAAAUGACAUUUUGCACAUUUUGAGCAACUUGUAUAUAAAGCCUUAAAAUGUAUUGCAUAAAACAUGUUUACAAAUAUAUUUUUUAAUGUGUUUAUCUUAUGCUUUCAUACCAUAGUUUCUUUUUUUCAAAUAUAACAAAAUGUCAUAGUAUAAUAAUUGACACAUGAAAUCCAAUCCUAAAAAAUUAUUACUAUUUAUUAGUAGCUGUAAAACUAUAAUGUUCACAAAUAUAUCUAUAGGUUGAGUGGGGUUUCCCACAUUCUUGAUUUGAUUCCAAACUGUUUGAGGUUGACAUUUAGAUUCUAGAUGUCCCAGAGGUGAUUUUCAAGAGUAUUAUUUACAAGUUUCAGUUACCCCCUCAAAAUGGCACGGUGAGUUGUUAAUGGUCACACUUGGCAACCAUAAUCAAUAUUGAGCAACAGAAAACCAUAGUUAUUGUCACUUGGCAACUGGCAUUUUACACUUGCCGUGUUUUGUGAAGUAUUUUCUGUUAGCAUCUUUUGUUGUAAUAAAACUGUUGAACUGA